UGAUCAAAGGAUUAGAAGAGAGAUGGUUCGAAAUUCGACAAGGUGCACUUCGACCCCAAGGAAAACAAAAUUGAAGAUGAAAGUUAUGGCGAAGAAGUUGGCCCGAGAAAAGUUGCGUUUGGCGGAUUUGACGGCUAAGGUGCAAAGACUGGAGGAAGAGAACGCAACACUGAAGAGUCAUACAAAGUUAGGAGAUAAUGAUUUUGAACCCUGCCAAAUUGAAUCCGACGGUAGUGAAGUUCUUGCAUCCACUAGUACUCAACGGGUUGGAUCAAGUUAUAAACCGGGUGAAUCUCGUUUAACGUCCUCUGUCAACCAACUAGCCAUAUCGUCUAUUUUGAUUCCCGAAUGCAAACCUUUGGCCAGUGAUACUGAAAUCCACAGGCAUACCUUUGAAGCCUGGAUUGAGCUUUUAAAUAAUUAUUUGGACCUUGCCGGAAUUGUUGACGAACCCACUAAGUUUACGAUUUUCAAAGUGAAGGCUGGCAGUCAGUUGCUUCAGGUCUUUAAGAACACCAGCUCUUCUACUGGGGACCCCGACCCUUGCCUUUUUCCCUUUUCUAAUGCUGUUCAUCGAUUAACUCUAUAUUUUGGCUCUACAUCGGGUGUUAUGCUCAACCGACGAACGCUAGCUUCGAUAGUCCAAGGCGUUGAGGAAUCAGACUUGACAUUUAUCAACCGCGUAGCAGCCACUGCUCGAUUGUGUAAUUACGAAGACCGCGAGUUUGCUGAGAUAGUUGGAACUGUAGCUGAACGUGCCGUUCAUAAAGAAGUUAGAGUAGCCGCAUUCAAAAUGAUGGGUCGCCAAGGGACAUUCACACAACUGGUUGAUAAAAUCAGAGAAAUUGAGGCUAUUCGAAUCAAUGAAAAGUGUUUUGAACUUAAGCAUAGAAAGCAAGAACCACUAGUACUAGCACCCAUCGAAGUCGACUCGGCAACCCAAAAAAAUGCGUCAACCAGUGGCUUUCGUCAAAGAUCCACACAAGAGUACAUGGGCUAUGAUCGCCAAACAUCAGGACCGCAAAACAAACCGUACGGAAACAACGAUUGGCGUACUUACCGUGAGGGAUUCAGAUUUACCAGAAGGCCAUACCCGCAGUCCGCCUAUAAAGCCAGAGGCAUUCACGAAUUAAACAGAGGAAGGUUCGAUACUCGUAGAGACAGCAGAUUCCGUUCCCCCGCGGAUUUCAGCACUAACAGAGGAGACUAUCAACGCAGUGUUAAACGAUCCAAAUCCGGGGACUAUCAUGAUCAGCAACAAGGCAAUCAAUCCAUCGACAAUCAAGCAAGAUUGUAG